AUGGCAGUUGUGGAGUACAGGUCAAACACACGCAUCAUUCACAACGCCGUCAACGCAAUCUUCCAGUUCCAGCGAGAACACUUGCUGCUUGAGUGCGAGAGGGUGGUGCAAGUCUUCUUGCAAGUGAACACGGUCACACUUGAUGCCGCCGAGAAGAGAGGAACCGGCCUCACAGAGGCUGAGAACAUUUCGCUUAUGUAUGCGUGCGAUGCCCUGACUGGGACAUGCAGCAGAUUGAAUCGAGAGCGCAAACAACUCCUUGGAAAUUUUGACGUCAUGCCGACCCCAGAUGAGGUGAUAUUUGUGAUGGAUGCAAGCAUAGGACAGGCAUGCGAGUCUCAGGCUCGUGCCUUUAAAGAAAAAGUAGAUGUUGGUGCUGUCAUCAUCACAAAGUUGGAUGGCCAUGCCAAAGGUGGUGGUGCAUUGAGUGCUGUGGCUGCAACUAAGAGUCCCAUUAUAUUCAUUGGAACAGGAGAACACAUAGAUGACUUUGAGCAAUUCAAAGUGAAGCCUUUUGUGAGCAAGCUUCUUGGAAUGGGUGAUAUUGAAGGGAUUAUUGAGAAAGUGAAUGAAUUAAAAUUGGAUGAAGAUGAAGAACUCAUGGAAAAACUGAAACAUGGUCAAUUCACAUUGAGGGACAUGUAUGAACAGUUCCAGAAUAUCAUGAAACUUGGACCUUUCUCUCAAAUUAUGGGUAUGAUUCCAGGAUUCAGUCAGGACUUUUUGGGAAAGGGUGGUGAGCAAGAAUCGAUGGCUCGUAUGAAAAGACUCAUGACUAUCAUGGAUAGCAUGAAUGACAAAGAACUCGAUAGUCGAGAAGGAGGGAAACUCUUCACCCGUCAACCAGGAAGGAUCACUCGAGUGGCCAAUGGAGCUGGUGUUGAAGAAGCUGAAGUCCAAGAACUACUCAAGCAACAUACGAAAUUUGCCCAGGUUGUCAAGAAGAUGGGUGGGAUAAAGGGCCUUUUCAAAGGUGGUGACAUAUCAAAGAAUGUGAAUCCAAAUCAGAUGAUGAAAUUAAAUCAGCAGAUGGCAAAGAUGAUGGACCCAAGAGUUCUUCAACAAAUGGGUGGUGUGCAAGGGCUUUCCAAUAUCAUGCGGCAGUUCCAUGGUGCUGCUUCAGGAAUGGGACAGAAAAUGGGAUUUGGGAAAUAAAUACUGCCUCUUAGGUUCUCGUUCUCCAUCUUCAAAAUCCCAUGUUCUCUUGUCACCACUAUUGCAAAAUUUCAGCUCAUCCAGCUUGGGUGGCAUAAAAGCAGGUUCAAGAGAUCUGCCUUUACAUUGUUACCUUGACAAGAACAGGGAUGGCUAUUGUUGAGGAGUGUGAACUCCUAUUCGAAUGAUCAUGUUUGUAUUGUCCCUUUUGUUUUGCUUUGUUUGGCAAAUUGUGGAAAAUCAAGAAUGAAGAUAUUUUAUUUAUA